AUGGCUCCUAAAAGAAAAGGUUUGUGUGGAUAUGCAAAACGUUUGAUAUCAAAGAGAAGAAUAGUGUUGGAGAAUUCUAUGAAGGGAAGUAUGGAUAAGUUCAUCACUAGAAAAGAAAAACGAUUGGGUGAAAAUAAUGAGAAUUUAGUCAAUGAAGAGGCAGAAAAGCAUAAAGAACCAGAAAUUUUGGGUGAAAUAAAUGAAAAUUUAGUCAAUGAGGAGGAAGAAGAGCUUAGAGAUGUAGAAAGUUUGGGUGAAAAGAAUGAAAAUUUAGUCAAUGAAGAGGCAAAAGAUGCAGAACAGAAUGACAAUGUGAUUCCCAUAAGUAUUUUUGAUCCAAGAAAUUGGGAUAGCUUGGAUAAAGAAUUGAUAGACCUGUUGGCAGAAAAGGGUCCUCAGAGAGAUCUUUCAAUCGAACAUAGUCAUGCAGACAAGUUCAAAAGACGUUUCAGCUCUAAGUUUUACACUCGAUAUUUAGGAAAUGGAGAGAAACAUGACAGAGAACUUAAGGACCACGAAAUGAGCGUUGAUCAUCUCCUCAAUGCAAAUACUUGGAGUGAUUUGCGUCUCAGAUUGGAGAGGCAUGAAACUAUUGAUAAAGCUUAUCAAUACCAAAUUAGGAAAGAGAAGGAACACUGGAGGAAUGUGCUGAAGAGAAUAAUUGCAAUUGUGAAAUUUCUUGCCAAAUACAACUUAGCUUUUCGUGGAACUAAUGAGAGGCUUUAUGAACCGGAUAAUGGUCACUUUUUGGGUGCAGUUGAGAUGAUGGCAGAAUGUGAAGAAGUGAUGGAGGAGCAUUGUCGACGCAUAAUCAGUUCUGAAAUUCAUAUCCAUUAUCUUGGUCACAACAUCCAGAAUGAGUUGUUGCAUAUGAUGGUUGUUGAGAUCAAAGGUGAAAUCAUAACAAAAAAAUGUGCUGAAUACUUCUCUGUGAUUCUCGAUUGCACAUCGGAUAUUAGUCACCAAGAACAAAUGUCUUUGAUUCUUAGAUGUGUGAAUGUUUCUAAGAGUCCAAUACAAAUUGAAGAGUUCUUCUUGGAGUUUCUACAUGUGCAUGACACUUCUGGUCAGAGAUUAUUUGAGGAGCUGGAGGUUGUGUUACAUUCUUUGAAUCUUGAUAUCAAUAAUGUUAGAGGAAAAGGAUACGACAAUGGGUCAAAUAUGAAAGGGAAACACCAAGGGGUACAGAAAAAGCUACUAGAUAUCAAUCCUAGACCAUUUUACACUCCAUGUGGUUGCCAUUGUCUAAACUUAACUCUAUGUGAUGUAACUAAUUCUUGUGGGAAAGCAGUAGAUUUUUUUGGAGUCUUGCAACGUAUUUAUACCUUAUUUGCAGGCUCUAUAAAACGGUGGCAAAUUUUGAAAGACAAUGUAAAAGGUCUGACUCUCAAACCAUUAUCCACUACACGUUGGGAAAGUCGUAUUGAGAGUGUUAAGCCUCUGCGAUUCAAUGCUCUUCAUAUAAGAGAAGCACUACUUCAGCUGGCAGAUAUUGACAAGGAUCCAAAAAUUAAAAGUGGUGCAAAGUUGAUUGCAACUAAUGAGCUAGGUGACUUUGAAUUUUUGAUGAGCUUGGUGAUAUGGUAUGAAAUAUUAGAUUCUUUUAAUACUGUCAGCAAAGUGCUCCAAUCUGAUGAUAUGCAAAUUGAUGUUGCCAUAAAUUAUGUGAAAGGUCUUAUUGCUUGGCUUGAUCGGUUUAGAGAAUCUGGAUUCACAAAUGCACGUAAGGAUGCUAAAGAUAUUGCUGAUACAUUAAAGGUUGCUUCUGUUUUUCCAGAAAGACGUCAAAUUCAGAGGAAAAGAUUCUUUGAUGAAAGUAGCAGUGAGCCAUCACCAUCAUCUUCAGGUGAGGCAUCCUUCAGAGUGCAUUAUUUCAUGUUUAUUAUAGAUCAAGCUAAGGGCUCAUUAAUCAGAAGGUUUGAACAAUAUCAACAAUAUGAAGAUAUUUUUGGGUUUAUAUUCACUUCCGAAUCUUUAUGCUCCAUGCAUGAUGAUGAUCUAGAAAUGCUUGUAUUCAUCUUGAGAUUACUUUGCGACAUGGAGAGAGUUCAGAUGUUGAGUGGGGAAGCCUUAUUUAGAGAACUAAAAUUGUUAAGGGAGGUAUUAUCUAUGGGGAAGAUGGUUGCUGCAGAUAUAUUGAGUUUUUUACAAGAAAUUAAUACUUUUCCAGUUGCUAAAAUUACUUAUAGGAUCUUGUUGACGGUGUCGGUUACCGUUGCUUCUGCUGAGAGGAUUUUUUCCAAGUUGAAGUUAUUGAAAUCUUACUUACGAUCAACUAUGUCGCAAGAAAGAUUAAAUGGACUUGCUUUAAUUUCAAUUGAGAAUGAAAUGCUUGGAAAGAUUAGCUGUAACAAACUGAUUGAUGACUUUGCAGCUAAGAAGGCAAGGAGAAAAAUAUUCAAAUGA